AUGAAAUUAGCGAAGACUGCCAGAGGCGUUCUUAAAAGCCUACGGGCAAAACAGACCAUUCUACAGUCUACAAAGGCACCCAAGGCAUUCCUGUCGCGUCACCAUGUCUUGUUAAGCGAUUCCGGGGUGGGAGACACGCCUGAGAAGGAAGCUGAACGCGAGUCUGAGUCCACGCGUCAUCGGGAGAAGGCACGGCGGCCCGCAGCAGGGAUCCCAGGGAAAGAAGUGAGAGAGCAUCCCGAGCAACCUAACAUGGGGCAGACUUCAAUUGCCAUCCAUGAGGAUGCACCAGAACAACUUCGUGGUGGUGAAGGAGACGUGGACAACAUGGCUCAGUUCGAGGCAGAAGAAGAGGACUCUGUCGCGGAAUCUGUGUCAGAUUCAGAGAGCGAUGAGGACGAUGUCGAUGAGAGUGUAGUCGAUGACAUGCGCCGACUCGAGGAAAGCUUCAAAGGCAUCUCCCAGAAGUACCGACUCAUCAACCGCAUUGGCGAAGGCACGUUCUCUACCGUCUACAAGGCCGAAGCACUACUUCAGCCGGACGAGUUGGACCAGGAAAACGAAGACCCUACGAACGAAUCCUAUUCCGAGAUGCCCCCUUCAAAGAGGCGGAAAACAAGCGUUGCAUCAAGCACGGUCAACGGAUCACGAAAGAAGGGUCUGAUUGUCGCGUUGAAGAAGAUCUAUGUGACAUCUUCACCUCACCGGAUCAUGAAUGAGCUCGAGCUUUUACACGAACUACGCCACUCCCCAUACAUCUGUCCACUGUUGACAGCUUUCCGCCACCUCGACCAGGUCGUUGCGGUACUUCCAUACUUUAGGCACCUCGAUUUUCGCCUGUACUAUCGCGAGUUCCUGAUCAAUGACAUGCGGCAUUACUUUCGUUGUCUCUUCAACGGUCUGGCCCAUGUGCACAAAGCGGGGAUCCUCCAUCGCGACAUCAAGCCCACCAAUUUCCUCUACGACCACUCGAGGCGGCAGGGUGUUCUGGUCGACUUUGGGCUGGCCGAGAGGCAAGGGACCGACUGGCAACCAUGUCUCUGUACUGAGUCCAGGGAGAGAAGAAGAGACAAAUUUAUCAAUUCAUAUGCGGUGCAGGUUAUGCAGUCCUCGCCUGAGAAGAUGUCGACCGGCUUCCCCAAGAAUGAUAGCCGGCCAUCUCGGAGAGCAAACAGAGCAGGGACCCGGGGUUUUCGAGCACCCGAAGUCUUAUUGAAAUGCACCUCCCAAACCACCAAAAUCGAUAUCUGGUCAGCUGGAGUGAUCCUUCUCACCCUUCUGGCACGACGAUUUCCCUUCUUCAAUAGCGCUGAUGAUGUCGAUGCCAUGAUUGAGAUGGCUUCUAUAUUUGGCCGGAAGAAGAUGCAAGCUGUAGCAGCAAUGCAUGGCCAGGUCUUCGAAACCAACAUCGAGACUAUUGGCGAACGUGGCUUCACGUUUGAAAAGAUCAUUAUCUGGGCCAGUUGCCGUGAGAAAGAGCAGGACAGCCUUCGGCCGGGAGAAGCUCAAGCAGUGGCAUUUCUGCAUGGACUUCUCGAACUUGACGCUGGGAAACGAAUGACGGCAAGGGAGGCAUUGCAGCACGAAUUCCUUACCGCGCCCGUCGAGGAUGAAGAGGAGCGAGCUGAGAGAGAAGCUCAAGAAGCAUUCGACGAAGAGGCGAGAGCAGCACGUCGGUGA